CGUGCGCGAGCUCCCACCCAGCCCCACUGACCUCCCCUCUCUCAUCUCUUCCAGAUCAUGGCUUUGGCGUUUUUCUUCGCCUUGUUGGCGCAGAGAGUGUCUUUCGUUGGUGAUGAGUUGGAUGCGGAAACGCUUGAACGCAUGCGUGAGCGUGCGGUGUUUCUGCAAGAGCAGAUGACACUGCAGUGGCAGCACGUAGAGAACGUGGGGCAGAGCUGGAUGGGCAUUCGAGCCUUCCUCUCCUCUGUGUUGCCUUACUGGAAGGUUUACAGCCUUCUUGAACGCAUGCGUGAGGUGUUUCUGCGAGAGCAGAAAGAAAAGCUUCUGCAAUUAGAAGAGAGGAACCUGGAGAAGAGCAGGGUGGAUAUUCAAGCCUUGCUCUUCUCUGUGUUGCCUUACUGGAAGGUUUGCAGUGUUCUUUGCAUUCUCUUCCUUUUACUCUGGUUCAUGUGGAAGAUCUAUAAAAAGUUCCAGAGAACUGAAGACAUCAGUGAUGAGGAGAGCUCCAUCAGUGAGGAGAAGCAGCAGGAGCAGGAGGAGAAGCAAAAGGAAGUGGAAAAGGAGGAUCUUUUCUUUGCUGAUUUGCUCUGGCCAGUUGAAAGCCAUCAAAGUAACUGCAGACUUGUGCACUUCCUGUUAAGUGGCGUCAUCGAUUUUUUCCAAUACACCUUGGCAGAUACAUUCUAUCCAGUGCCAGAGCGUGCCAUCGGGGUGGGCAGUGCCUACGAAGACUGGUCCCCCCCUGAGAACGAACCCGUCUACUGCCUGCUUGUGCCACUGAUGGCUCCCCGUGGGCACGUUUUCCACCUGGAUCUGGGCACCCCAGGGGUGCUGCCAUCAAGGAACUCCCGUAUCCGUGUAGAUCUGGAAUGCACGUGCGGGAGGGAGCAGCAGAUGCGUAUGAAGUGCUUCCUCCACACCGCCUGGAGAAAGCUGGGAAAUCAGCGGCCCAGCCUCCUACACGAACUCUGCACUGGCUCCUACCUAGAUACGGAGAAGACAGCCCGCUGGUUCCAGGCACUGAUCGAAGAUGCCUGGAAACGUUUGCGUUUUCCAAAACCGUACAGACUUAAUGCACAGGCACGCAGGCGCUCCUGCAGGCUUCGUCUGACAGAUUUUGACCAAACAGUCUACCUGGUCAACAUUCUGUUUGGAGUCCAGCAGGACAAUACCGACAUCUAUCUGAACAGCCAGGAGAUACAGGUUGGUAGUGUUCCCAGCACGACCUGGCCACAGACCUGUGCGGUGGCAGAGGCGAAGUUUUUCCAGCACGUAGCCUCCCAUGCCGAGGAGAGCAAUUUCUAUGUCAGACACAUGCAAGUGGCUGCCUAUAUCCGGGCGGGCCUCCACUUUUCUCCCUACGAACUGAAGACCGUGCUCAUGCACCUCCUGACUGCCAUCCCUUUGGAGAGCUGGAAAGGGAGGUAUUUCCUGCUGCGGGUGGAUGACAUCGUGCGCUACCUGCGCUGCUGCGUGGAGGAGANAAAUGAGGACGUGCCUGCAGAGAUUAUCUUGCCGCAGGAAUUCCGAGCGUCCCAACCGCUCAACCUCUUCCAGCACCUGGUGCAGGAUCCGGGCAGACAUGAACAGACGCUGCAGGAUGUGGAGGAGCUGCAAGAUCGGCUCACAAGCCUGCUGAUCUAUGGGAAAUAAGAGACG